GGAUGAUAAUUUCAUCAGACUUUCAAAUCAAGGCUAAGAAGGUUAUUGUAUGGAUUCCACACGAUAGACUCAAAAAUUUGCCAAAGGUUAAAGACGAGGAAUCAGAUAUAGUAUCUAUGGCUAAUUUGCCAAAGUGA